AUGGAUACCAGAAUAUUUGCCCGACAAUUUUCUGUUAAAUGGUGGGAUAAGUUCGAAGUUGACAGAAUUGCUAAAUACGUCUACAAUGAUUUGCCCCAUGAUUCUGCUCCGCCUCCAACUUCCCCCACUGGUUCAACCAAAUCUUCCCUUUCAGUCGAGGGAAAAUCAAAGUCUGACCUACAGGAGAUUGCUUGCCAGUUGAUAAUUCAAGCUUCCCAAAUGGAUGAUGAUGAGGAGAAUGACAAUGACAAUGACUCUUCUUCUUCGUCCAGUUGCCAGCCCAUGCAGAGCCCUGCUAAGCCUAAAAGUUGGUACGAAGAUAGUCAAGACCCCUAUGAUGCCUAUGAUUUGAAUUCUGAUUAG